AUGAAGUUAUUUUGUGUAGGCCAUAGAAAAGUUCCUAUUCGUGUGUCGCCAUUCGACCAUCCCAUUUGUGUUGGCUGCAGUUCUACACUUUCUUUUUCUUCUGUACUCAGAAAGCGGGAGUAUUGGAACGACAUGAGCACUACGAACCCACUCGAUGUCGUGUUAAACAUGAGGCUUGCAGUGAAGGAGUUGACUAACUCUGCCGCCGCCUCAGACAAAGCGAGCGAGAGGGAGAAGAUAAAGGCUAAAAAAGCCCUUAACAAGGACAAUAUUGAAGCCGCCCGCGUCUACGCCGAGAACGCCAUACGGAAGAAGGAUGAAGGAACAAGUUAUCUUCGUCUUGCCUCUCGUGUUGAUGCCGCCGCCGAACGCAUUCAAUCUGCCAUGCAGAUGCACGCGAUGACGCGGUCGCUUGAAAAGGCGAUUUGUGGAAUAAGUAAGGUUCUUCAUUCACUGGAUCCUGUGCAGAUCACGACGGCAAUGGAUGCGUUCGAACGGCAUGUUGACACUGUUGCAGUUAAUGCGAACGCGAUGGACGGCACCUUCGAGAGGUCACGUGCCUCGGCAGUGCCAGCGGCAGAGGUGGAGUCCUUUCUCGAGCAGAUUACGCCAGACAAUGAAAUAGAUAUAAGCGAGCAAAUAGCCGUCGCCACCAACUACCUGAAGAAGCGGCCGGCUGCCACGGAGGUGGGGGAUGAUGUGGGAAUAACGGAGAGGAUGCAACGUAUUAGCAUCGGUGCACGGUAA